CCCAGUCAUUGACACACAAACCGUAAGCAAAAACAAAAAAGCAAGAUGGCGAACGCGGUGAGGGCGCUGCACACCUACCACCCUCGCUUUCAGGAUGAGCUGGAGUUGAGCGAGGGCGAUCUGGUGACGGUGCUACAGGAUGUGACAGGCGGCUGGUGGUACGGGCGCUCGGAGGCCUCCGGCAAGGAGGGCUGGUUUCCGUCCAACUACGUGGUCGAGCCAGAGAACCACGCACCUGAAACCCGCCCAGCCAAUGCGUCCGACAGCGAUGGCGCGCACCCAAAGCACGCGCCGCACCAGGCAAGCGCCAUUCAGCCACCAACGUCACCGCGGUCAAGUAAUCCACCACAAGCACAGCAGCAGCAGCAGCAGCCAGGCGAGGACAACUCAACAGCACCCUCCAAGCCAGACGAGGAUAGCCCAGCAGCACACACCAAGCAAAACGACGAUGAUCCAGCAGCGCAGACGCGGCAGGGGCAAAGGACGCAGCCAUCUCAGGUUUCCCGUUCUCAAAGUAAUGCUCCGGAGCAACCUGGACCGUCAGAACAGAAGCAGCACAAGGAGGGGGAGGAGAAGGAGGAGGAGGAGGAAGCAGAGGGUCUCGGGGACCUGCCGUCAGCGUCAACGUUCAAGUCCAAGAGCCCCUUUCAGCGCCAAUCGCUCACUCGCGUCUCACAACGACAGCGCUCAUCGAUCAACGCAGAGAUUGAGAAGCAGCUGAGAAUACGGGACGGUGCAGAGCGCAUGCUGCAGACACUGGAUCGUGGUGGCAAGGCGGGCAAGAACAUUCGUCGGAAGCCCAGCCGGCGUGGCAGUCAGCAACAACAGCAGCAGCAGUUACAGCGGGAAGAGGCGUUCUUGACCCUCAGCUAUGCAAACAGUCGCCUGCAGCAACUUCGCCGCCAGCUCCAGACCCUCAACGCUUCCGUGCAAGCGACUGCGCGCCAGAGCGUGCUGCGUGCGCCAUCGUCGCCUCUCCCCACCGCCCCGCUGCCAUCGGCAGAUACAGAGGUCGACGUCCUGUCCAUGAUCGCCCUCGGCCUCAAGGAGACACUGCCCGUCGACAUUGCGGGCUGCGUGGCGCGUGUGCUGCAGGGCCACUUCCACGUCGAUGCCAACGACUUUGACCCCGCGCUUUCGAAACUCCGCGAAAUGCGGCAGUUUGUUGAGACGCACAUACGCAGCGGGGAGGCGCGGGCGAUGCUGUUUGCAUACUACCAUCAGCUCAUUCAUAUCGAGCACCGAUUUUGCAGAGACGCCAAACUGCCAGACCUCCAUUUCAAAUGGUACGACACGUUGAAUGGACAGCCAUGCACGCAAGCGAGCAUUGCGCUGGAAAAGGCGUGUGUUCUCUUCAACGCCGGCGCCCUUUCAACGCAAAUUGCUGCUGCCCGCAACCUCCACUGUAGCAAGGAUUUGCAGCGAGCGAAGCAGGAAUACGAAUCAGCCGCAGGAACAUUCCAAUUUAUCCUGGACAACUUUGACAACCCACCAAGUGCGGACUUGAGCCCGCCCUUUCUGCGGUUUCUGCGCGACCUGUGUCUCGCUCAAGCACAGGAGUGCAUUUACCAGUGGGAGUUGAUGCACAUCCAAGAGAGCGACAACAGCGGCAGCAAUGACGGUGACGGUGACGGUGAUAAUGGUGAUGGCGAUGGUCAUGUUCAGCUGCCGCCCGGAGAAGCCGGUGCCGUCCACGAUGCGUUCAUGCGCGCAUGGGCACACGUCGAUGGCGCAGCGCUCAAAGACUAUCUGCCGUUGCUGUGGGCGCAUCUGCUGCGCGUGAAGAUGCUGUAUUACGAGGCCGUCGCCGACUUUGCAACAGCGACCGAGCAGCUCAGCGAGAUUGCAGACACCGCGCACAACCGCAAGGCUGCUACCUGGACAGGCGUGACGCGGUUGUGUCGGGCAGAGGAGCUGCUGCUGCGUGCGCGUCACGUCUGCGCCGCGGAGUUGCCUGCGCACAGCGGACUGGUGGAGCACCUGCUGUUCACGCUGGACCAGGUGCAGGGCGCACUGCACGGGCAUGACAAGGACAGCAUCUUCGACCAAUUCAGCAGCAAGCAGCAGCUGCUUGACAUGCUGCCGACCAAGCCCGAUGCGCAGCUGCUGGCACAGCCCGCCUACCCGGAGCUCGGCAUCACCUCACACGGCACAUAUUUGUCGCAGGACCUGUUCAGUGACGUGGGCGUGGUGCAGUUGUUCAACGCGUGGAACGACAUUGGGCCCCUUCGCACCAUUUCGCUCCCCGUCACUUCGCCUCGGGGUCUCGGAUUCGUGCUUGGAGGAAGCAAGCCUGUUGUGGUGCAUAAGGUGCUCCCAGAUGGCGUUGCAGCCGCUGCCGGGUUUGAGUCUGGCGAUGUUAUUCUGCGCAUUGACGGCGACGACUGCCGGUGUUCUGCGCACGAGCACGUUGUGGCGCGGCUUAAGGGCGCCAGCAGCGACCACGUCACUGUCGUCGUGCAGAACAUACGCGUGCGCCCGAAGAGCAGCAAACAGCAGGGGAGCGGCGGCAACGGCAGCGCUGGUGACGACCAUGACAAUGAUGAUGGCCUGAUCAGCAUUGCAGACUGAUGCGGGUUGUGUGUGUGUGUGUGUGUGUGUGUGUGUGUGUGUGUGUGUGUGUGUGUGAGUGAGUGAGUGAGUGUGUGCGUGUGUGUGUGUGUGUGAGUUUGGUGGUGCCGUGGACUCAUUUUGCGCGGCUGUGUUUUCGUGUUAUGUUUGUUUUUGACCACAUUGCUGAGACUGCACUGCUUUUAAUUGAACCACUCGACCCAAUGUCGCAUGGGAUUAAGCAACGCUGG